AUGGUUGAAGAUAAUUAUACGGCCCCCUCCGAGUUUAUUCUGCUGGGCUUCACAAACAGGGAAGACCUGCGGGUGAUGUGCUUUGUCUUAUUCCUUGCCAUCUAUGUGGUUACCUUCAUAGGAAACAUGGGACUAAUCGCAUUAGUCAGAAUGGAUUCCUGCCUACACACCCCCAUGUUAAGCCACUUGUCUCUCCUGGAUGUCUGCUACUCCUCUACCAUCAUCCCUCAAGCCUUGCUGAAUGGACUAGUGGAGAAGAAGGUGAUUUCCUUCCUUAGGUGUGCCAUUCAGCUCUUCUCCUUUGCAACCUGUGCCACCACCGAGUGCUAUGUGCUGGCUGCUAUGGCUUAUGAUCGCUACAUGGCCAUUUGUAACCCCCUUCUCUACUCCACGGUCAUGUCCCAAAGGCUUUGCAUUGGGAUGUUGGCUGGUGCCUACUUAGCUGGCGUGAUCAGCUCUACCAUACACACAGUUUCUAUAUUUCGUCUCCCGUUCUGUCGGUCCAAGACGAUCAAUCACUUCUUCUGUGAUGGACCACCACUGCUAGCCCUCUCCUGCUCUGACACCCAUGCCAUCGAGGUGAUGGUUGCUGCCGUGGUGGGGUUCAAUGUACUGAGCACCACGGUCUUCAUCCUCAUCUCCUACUUGUCCAUCCUUUCCACUGUCAUGCGGAUGCAGUCUGUGGCUGGUCGACGCAAAGCUUUCUCCACCUGUGUCUCUCACUUCAUCUCCAUUGCUUUGUACUAUGGCAGCUCCCUCUUCAUGUACCUGCGCCCCAGCUCCAGCCAGUCCCCGAAGCAUGACGAGGUGGUCUCCAUGCUGUACUCUGUGGUUGUCCCCAUGCUGAACCCGCUCAUCUACAGCCUAAGAAAUGUGGAUAUGAAGAACGCCAUGAGGAAAGCAAAGAGUAGAGUCCUCUCUUCUUUGUCCAUUCAUGGUUUCUAG